UGCUCCAGUUCAAACUGAGCAUUGUUUCAGGAUCUGCUGGGAUUUUCCCAUUGACCAUCUCUGGAUCCAUCCUGCCUGGUUUGGGGUGGUCAUCAGCUGUGCGAUGAUGUCAGCUCUGAAGGGUCAAUCUGGUGCUAGUGAGGUGUACCUAAUGAGGUGUACCUCCAGUGAGAGUAAGUGCGCAUAUUUGCAGAGACCCUCUCCCUCCACUAGAUGACACUGUGAUGGAGAUCCUUCUGAGGUUGUGAGUCGUGCUGUGACUGACUGUCAUUUUAACUUUAUUAGCUGCUCUUGGGUCAGACAUCGAGACCUGACACCAGACCAGUCGCCCUCUGCUGGAAAUGAGAGAGAAUGUCCAUCUUUUAUGUACAGGCAUUUCAUCGGCUGAUCAAACGUCGUGACGUCUCUCCAGAUGUUUUACCUUCACGUGCAGUUUGGAGGUGGGCCGCGUGUGCGUGCGGGGCUGCAGCAGCCUCGCGGUCCUGCGGCCUCUUUAAGAGCGGAGCCGCGCUCCCGCAGCUGCGACCGGAAGCGCGCGGCGGGUCGCGGCUCACCGGUAACAGGCAGAGAGCUGCUGCGGAGGAUCUCAGCUUCGUCCGCGUUUCCGUAACACAUGUUUGAUGUGCCGCUCCGGUCAUGACUCGUGCACGCGCUCUCAGACCGGCCGCUCGUGGCCUUUAUCAGCGGGCUGUGCUCGCGUAAGCGGAUCUGAGACACAGAGGGACGAUCAGCAGCAGUGAUGUCCGGGCUGAGUGAGCCCAGCCUGAUGGAGCUGCCCAUGGAGAGUUGGAUGUCUCACCUGCCAUGCGCGCUGUGGGACGUCCCGCUGUUCCACCUGGCCAUCCCAGGCAGCCAUAAUGCAAUAACCUACUGCCUGGAUACGGACGACAGGUCUCCCAUCGACCUCAUGCAGCCUGACAUGCUGCAGAAGCUCGACAAAUUCAUGAAGCCCCUCAUUCGCCCCUUUGUGUACAAGUGGGCAAAAACCCAGGAGUGUUGUAUAAAGCAUCAGCUGGACUGUGGGGUGAGGUACUGCGACCUGAGGAUCGCACACAGGCCCAACGACAGCUCCACACACUUGUACUUCUACCACGGCGUCUACACCACGCUCACUGUGGAGACGGUGCUGACGGAGAUCCGAGAGUGGCUGGACGCUCAUCCCAAAGAGGUGGUCGUCCUCUCCUUCAGCCACUUCCUUGGCCUGAGCCAGGAGCUCCACGCGGUGCUGCUCGCCACCAUACGCACCGUGUUUGCCUCCAAACUCUGUCCCAAAAAGGCCGAGGUCACUCUUCGUAAGCUCUGGGCUUCGGGCUACCAGGUGAUCGCAUCCUACGAGCACAGCACGGAGCGCCGGCACACUGAGCUGUGGCCCGACAUCCCGUACUGGUGGGCCAACAAAUGCAAGGCUGAGGCUCUGAUUGAUGAGUUUGAACGCAUGAAGCAACAAAACAGGAGACCAGGAGGUUUCUUUGUGACGGGGAUUAAUCUGACAGAGGACCUGAAGUACAUCUGCACCCACCCUACUGAGUCCCUGAAGGACCUGGUGAUGUCCACAUACCCGACGCUGCUCGGCUGGGUCAAAGAGCAGACGCCCGGCGAGGAGGACGGCUCGCUGAACAUCAUCGCUGGCGACUUCGUCUCGGAGAGCCGCUUCGUGCCCACCGUCGUGGCGCUGAACCAGAAGCUUCUGAAGCGGUCCUCGUGACUGUAACAAGCGUGACCUGAGGAGAACGUGAACCACAGCAUGAGACGCACACAGGCCUGUUUGUUAGCGGUGACACAAUAAUACUUGAAUUUUUGUUCAGACAUGAACGUUUCAGCCUUUAAGCUGCUUGAAAACAGACGUUCUGGUAUUUGGACCUGCACUGUUUGUUUACACUCACCUCAUUAUUUAUGCAAUGUUGGAGGCAGCGCCGUGGCUGGACUCGCGUUACGCUGACCGAAGCAAUAAUUCUACAAAUAAUCCAGUGUGUAGGCGUUUUAGAGCUGGGUCGUGCUGCGUGAGAUCGAUCCGAACCCCUCACAGUCAGCUGCAACAUGACCCUGCCGAACAGGCGAGCCUUCACAUGCUCUCCCCUGUCCCACCUGCUGAUAUGAGCCCAGAAUGUACCCAGAAUGCACGUAAACUGUGACAGAUUGUCACACCGAUGCUCACAGCUGCUCAGAGAUCAGGAACAGUGUUCAGAGGGCUGCAGAGUAAAACUGAGUGGCGUUAAACACCUGGUGUCUUCUGGAUAAGAGCUGAAACAUCUUCACAAAGUCGAACAGCUGCAGUCUGAAACACAGUUUAAAUGUCCCAAAAGGUUGAUUCUGUUCAUCUGGACGUAGCGUUUUCAGUGGGAGAAAUAGCCCAGUGUUCAUUCAGUGGGCUGGUUUCAGUCAUUGUGCAGAGGUACUGUUCAUAAGGUUGGAGACCUGCAGAGAGCUGAGACUGAAGAAGUCUCUGAACUCUCACUGAAGAAGGACGAUGACAAAAUGUUUCUCCCACUUAAAACAUCCAGAUGAACAGAAUCAACUUUAUUGAUAUUUUCUUACCUGGAUGACUGAGCAUGCAUUGAGAUGCAGCUUAAAUGUGUUUUCAGCCCUGAUGCGUUCAUGUGCACUUAUGAAAGUAAUCAUGAGUGUAAAAUAUUCCUAGUAUGAAGGUAAAGAUUUGUGUGGCAUCAGUGAAUAAUCUGAAAAAAAUCAGCUGAUUGUGAGGGGUCAGAUGGGAGCUGCUGGUUGAUUUUAUUUUGACAUGACCCACGAAUAAGCACAACUUAUUCAGCGAGCACACGUGACUGUACUCUUUUAUAAUGCUGUGUGUGCAGUAAGCAAGGGAGCACUCGUACUCGUAUUUAACCACGGAGAAUGUAGAAGAGAUGUGAAACUUAUGCAAACUGCAUGGAAAACAUAUUUGCAUGAACCCCGCCCCGACUGUUCUACUAAAACCUGAUUUAGCCAGUAGAUUGAGGCUUUCCUCCCAAUGAUGCUGUACCGCUGUGCCUGUGGACAUGAGCUUUUCCAAUAAACACGAGCAUUUGUA